AUGUUGAAUCGUGGAGAGUUGGUGGAUAAGGGUACACAGACGGAAGAAAGUUCCCCGGUGACAACCAGGAUGGAUGCCUCCACACAAGUCAGCGAAAGCCAACUCGACCGUCCAGGAUGGGAUCCCGGUGAGGGCGACACCCCGGAUGAUGACCGAGGUGAUACUUUUGUGGAUGUGCCUCCAGAAUGGACUACGGAGUUCGAGGAAGUCCAGGGCGGCGAAACGCCCGCAGAGGUACACCCUGAACAGGAUACUUCAGAAUCUUCCCCAGAACCAGCGUCCUGGACCCCACUCGAGAAGUUGGAGAUGUAUUACGAACGCUGUAUGAGGGUUAGCGCGGAUAACCUGGACUUGGAGCCAGGAGUGUACAUACACGAAGAGAGCGAGAUGCUGGCACAAUUACGGGACCAGUUGGUCAUGCUGCCAGAACUGAGCGAAUUGCAUCCAGAAUGCGACAUUGAUCAGGCCGAUGUAGGAGUUCCAGAUGCCAAACCUAUCGCGUUGCGCCCAAGGUCAAUUGGACCGCACGUGGCAGUCAAGGUAUAUGAGCUCCUCAAGAAAUUGCUCGAGAACAAUCUGAUUGAACAUUCCGAAUCGCAAUGGGUAUCUCCGAUCGUGAUCGUACUCACGAAAAAUGGGGUGGACAUCAGGAUUUAUCCGCUACCUCUCAUCGACGACCUGUUAGUUGGUUUUGAGAAAGCACUCUGGUUCAUGAGCCUGGAUAUGGCCAGCGGCUUCUGGCAUAUCAAGAUGACUGAAAGAGCCAAGUUGAUUUCCGCCUUCGUUUGUCCGUUUGGGCAUUUUCAGUGGAUCCGGAUGCCAUUUGGUCUGAAAAACGCACCCCUGAUCUACCAGCAAGUGAUCAAUAACUGCCUACCAGGAAGUUUUGGAUUAUCUGAAUCUGGAACCCAGGAUAAUGGACCUCCAGGAUGUGGCACUCCAGGAUGCAGCGGUUGUGAGGACGACCAUGCUUCGCGGUUGUUGCCGACCCUGGUGGACCAAAUGACAGUGUUCAAAAGGAACAUCCCUGCCCCAACCCAGAUGUCACCUGUUCUAGGGCACAGCUCUUAUAUCAACGAUAUCGCGCAUGGCGCACCAACUUGGGAUGCAUUGUGUGCUGACUUGGAUGCUCUGCUAUAUAGACUUCGGUAUUGGAAUAUAUCCGUAAGUCUGCCGAAGAGCGAGUUCGAGAAACUAUCCAUUCCGUACCUGUCACACGAGAUUAGCGCUGAAGGAAUCAGGGCGACACCGAAGAUCGCUAAGGGAGUCCAGGAUUUACCGUUCCCAACUACCCUGAAGGGACCUGAAUUAUAUCAUAACUUCAUCGAGGACUAUCCCGUGGUUGCAGCCUCCCUGUAUGAGCUCUCAGACGACCAAGUGCGUUCAGGGCGAGAUCUCUCCAGGGCAAAACAGGCGUUCGAAAUCCUAAAACACAAGAUCAUAUCGACCCCAGGGCACCCUGACAGGACCAAACGGUUUGUCAUUAUACCCCAUGCAAAUCAAUGGGCUGCCUGUGCGGUCCUGGGUCAAGAACGUGAUGGUUUGAUCCAGCCA